CAUUUCUCCGAUGUAGAGUAAAUAUUUUCUGCAUUAGUUUCAUUGAACUGUAAAUUAUCGGUAUUCCCAGUGGAAUAUGGGGUCUUCUAAUAGUUCUUUGUCUGUUCUAACUGAAGAUAUUUUAGAAGAGUAUACUAUACUAACAUAUUUGAGUAAGGCGGAGAUACUGAAUUUAUAUAAAAUAUUCAGCGCACUAGAUGAGAAGGGUGUCCUGCAAAAUCUGCACUACCGAUUUCCUUGCUACGUGGUCGAACACAUUUUUCCACAGUUGAAGUUUAACCCCUUGAAAGAUAGAAUAUUCAAUGUGUUUUCGUCACAUAAGGAUGGCAAAUUAUCUUUCGAAGACAUGUUAGACUUGUGCUCUGUAAUGUCAGACAAAUGUCCGGAAAAAGUCAAAGCUGCGUGGGCUUUUAGAAUAUACGAUUUUGAUGAUGAUGAUGCAGUCGGCGAAGACGAUUUGAUUGAAGUCAUAAAUAGAUUGACUGGUAGUGCUGGACAGAUUGAUAUAGAACAUCAGAAGCGCAUAAUUAAAAUUUUGCUAGAAGAAAUGGAUUUGGCGUCAAAUGGAAGUGUUGGUCAACUUGAAUUUGUACAUGCAGUUGGAAAAAUGUCUGAAUUUCCACAUUCGUUUUGUUUCCAUGUAUAGAUCAAAUAAACACCCAGUAUCUCAUGAAUCACAAAACAAAUUCGAAUUGUACUGAUUCUUACGUCGCAAUUAGCUUUUCAGAUGAAAUUGUCAUUCAUUUAAAA